GUGAGGCUCUGAUUGAGCCUGGCAUUGCCCCACGAGGUACAAACUUGUCAUCAUUGCUCUGCACUCUGCAGGACCCUGGGCCAGGCGAUGGUCAGAGGAUAUGUGAGACCUGGCCUUCGUCUGUUUGUUCCAGCACCACAGACUGCAAAUGGGCAGGGAAGGCCACUUGAGUAGCACUAACAGUCUAGCGGGAGGCCUGUGGGCCAUCCUGGGCACUCAGGGGGGACAGUCUGUUGGGAAGGCAUCCACCACAGGGAAUGGGAGGCAGCCAGCCUGAGGACUGACGCCCAUGGGAAGUGGCGCUGUGGGGCUGGAACAAGAUGCUAUGGACCAGGCACAAAGUGGCCAUUGCACAAGUGGCCAGGGGACAGUCUGUAAGAGUCUGUAGAGUCUGAUUAAAGAGUUUUGAUUUUUGUGCAGUAGACAAUGGAUGCUUUGAGCACAGCAGUGACAGAAUGAAAGCAGUACUGGGGGGGCAUGACACUUUCCGAGAGGGCUAGAGGAGAGGGCGAGAGCUAGGGAUGGCAGGGAUCCGCUCCAGAGGUUUACAGACUUACAGAUGUGAGAUAACGCAGGAGCACACCAGGUAGGUAAAAGCUGGCUAUUUUUAACUAAACCAGCCAAUCAGGCUGGCCAGGGGCUCAGGGCAGGGAGAGAGAAGAGGCUGAAGAGGAGGAGGGGGCUGAGUCUCGAGUCUUCUCGCUGGCUGAGUGACCUUAGCCUGUUGAUUUUGUUCACGGUGUGAGCUGUGAUGGUCAUAAUAAAGGCAGGCAGGUACCAAGUCUGUGUGACCUGUGGACAGUGUGGCAAGGACAGGCACCAUCUUGUUCCAUCCUUACAACAACCCAUGACGUAGGGACUAUGACAUCCAUUUUAUGGACAAGGAACCGAGGUUCAGGAAAGUUGAAUAACAAGCUGGGUGUAGUGACACACCUGUCGAUACAGUCCCAGCUGCUUUGGAGGAUUAUUUGAACCCUGUGAAUUCUAAGCCAGCCUAGGCAACAUAAGGAGGCCCCCGUCUCUUACAAAAUAAAAUAAAGUGGAGAAUAAUUGAUCCCUGAUUCCAAAGCCCUGACUCUGACCUUGUCAGCAGGGACUGGACCAGGCCCGGAAGAGCAUGUCAGGGUUAGGAGGGAGACAAGAAUCCAGGAAGAGCUGGGCUCGGUGGCACAAACUUGUAAUCCAGCUAUCAGAGAAUCACAGGUUUUUUGUGAACUUUCCCUCGGCCAAGCAGUACUUCAGCCAGUUCAGACACAUGGAGGAGCCCCUGGAGAUGGAGCGAAGCCCCCAGCUGCGGAAGCAUGCCUGCCGGGUCAUGGGGGCCCUCAACACCGUGGUGGAGAACCUGCAUGACCUUGACAAGGUGUCCUCUGUGCUGGCUCUCGUGGGCAAAGCCCACGCCCUCAAGCACAAGGUGGAGCCUGUGUACUUCAAGAUCCUCUCUGGGGUCAUUGUGGAGGUGAUUGCUGAGGAGUGUGCCAGUGACUUCCCAGCAGAGACACAGAGAGCCUGGGCCAAGCUGCGUGGGCUCAUCUACAGCCAUGUGACCGCUGCCUACAAGGAAGUGGGCUGGCCCACCCAGCACGCUGCCCUCCUCAGGGCCGUAGGACCCCUCUCAGCAUCCCCCUCCCUGGCAGCACCUUGAGCAGAAGGCCGAGUUCUGAAGAUCCUCCUUGACCCUUCAUUUCUGGGUGCCAAGGAAGCUGGAGGAACCCCGACUCAUCUUCCCGGAAGGAGGCCUCCGCCGCACUCCCCUGAGCUGCCAGGAGAUGGCGCUGGCUGCCUGGAUGCUGAGCCCAGUGCAGCAGGGUGGGCGGGGACCCUUCCACCUUGCCAAGCGGGGCCCACUCUUAGCUUUUCUACUCACCGUUAGAGAAGGACCUAGCUGAGCGGCUGGCGGGGAGCAGGGACAGGGCUGUGAGUCCCUCGGGAAUGAAUGAGCCCCGUUUCACUGUGCCGCCCAGCAUGCGGGUCUACACCUCACCAUCUAGAGUAUCAUGCACACGUGUCUAUCAUAUACUCUACAGAUAUAUUCUAUAUACAACCUAUAUAAAUACAUAUAUAUAUAUAUACACACACACAUAUCUAUCCUGUGUGUCUGAGGUCUGGGACCCUUAGUCUCACCCACCUGCGUGUGAGGCCUGGGGGACCUGGUCACACUCUCGGCAGGAUGUCCUGGAACAGGUAGAGUCUAUGGCAGCACAAAGAAUCAAGCCUGGAUGUGCAGGGUUGGGGUGGUCUAGCGGUCUGGCUCCCCCACAUUCCCGCUUUCCACUUCCGGGAAUAAAGGACUUGGGCCUCCCCCUCCCCCACACGGGAUCUGACUCACUGACUUGUCUAGAAUUGGCAAGGGUUAGAGCAGGCCAAGGGGCCCAGAGGUUCCAGCUGUGGCAGAGACCCCGGCAAGGAAACCUGGGCUGCCAGCCGCCUGCUGCCCCCAGCACAGCCCAGGGGAUGCAGGGUGGAGGGCGGCAGGGCCUCCCCGGCUCUCCCUGCCGCCCCGUUGCCAGUUGGUCCUGUCCACCCACCUGCAGUGGCCUUGCCACGCACGCCCUUGUGUGCCCCUUGGCACACGCAUCAUCCCAGAGGGUGUUCUGCCGCUGCGACUGCUGUACCUGCGUCCCCUCCUGUCCAUCCUUACACUGUCGUCGUGUACUUGCUGUCCUCCUUUUGUAGCUUCUGAUGUUUGUAACCAGACCCAUCUGUGUCAUUAAACAGACCCAUUCUUCCUGUG